AUGAAUGAGGUUCAUCGAAACUGGUAUUUCUUCUCAAUUAAGGCCCUACUGGGACAGCUCGCCAAAGAAUUGCUUCAUGAUCUAAAUAGUUCGUCGCGAGAACGAUUGAAGUUAUGCUUGAAACGUAUCGUAUACACUAAAGAUCUCCGAAAAACAGCUGUAAAAUCUACGAAAUUCGCACCACCACUCCUGAAAUCUCCAUCAAAGAGCCCCGUCCACAGAGUGGCAAAUCUCUUCGUUUCAUUAUUUGGAAAAGCUACGGCCGAUGAGCUUCCUCAUAAGUGGUCCACCACUUACAGGAGCAUCGUGAGAUUGUCUAAAGUCAUAGACAACAACGAAAAUCUACCUGGAGCACGAGUAUAUAAUAUGCGCAUUUAUGACCUUGUCAUGGAUGGUAAGGAGACGAAACAUAAAGAAGAGAUAAUGAACGUUCCACCUUUUCUGCAGAGUGCAUUUAACAUAGUAAAAUCGUUCAGUGGAGCUAAAAAUGCACGGAUUCUGAGCCCACGAAUUGCGCCUCUUCUUCCGGACAAAAGUUCUAAGGGGUUUCUGUCACCUUCAAUAUUCCCAUUUUAUAAAGAUGACACAGAACAGCAGGUCAUGCCAGUCCCAAAGAUGCUGGAGGCAGCUGGCCUCAACGAGAAGGAUCGCGAGCGUGUCCUAGAGAUGGUUAUGGAAGUGUCGGGAGCUCGUGAUGCAAUAGGAAAAAUCUUUGAACAGCUGCUGUCGUCACUCACACCACACCAGAACAAGGAAAUGAACAGGAGAGGGUUUACCUUCAUGAGCCCUAAGCAGAUUGAAGAGCUGCAUAAAAAGCAAAACCUGAAUGAGCCAGAAGUUCGCGAGCAGAUGGAUGAAUACAAGAAACUACCAAAAUGGAAACGAGAGGAGAUGCUUUGGCGAUCCAUAGGAGAACUAGCUGGUUUCAACACUCGUCGCAGAAAGAGGAAAAUUAAUCCGUUAGUCGUGCUGAAACCCGCAAUUCUUAGUCCGUACCAAUUCGCUCCUGUUUACGGUGCCACUGUUUUGGGUCCUGUAAUACUUUCUCCAAAUCUUUUCUCUCCACUGAUCCUAAACCCAUCAAUGCUUGGUCCAUGGAUUCUAUCACCAUCAUUUCCGCUUCCUUUUAUUGUUUCACCCUAUGUACUUUCGCCUUAUAUUCUAUCUCCUCUUGCUAUGGCCCCUUUCGUCCUCUCUCCAUACGUUUUAUCCCCUAACAUCAUGAAUCCCUACGUGCUCUCGCCGGUUAUACUCAGCCCAAUUGUGGUAUGUCCAGACAUCCUGUCUCCAAUGGCGCUUGGUGGAAUUAUCCUGUCGCCGAACGUUCUCUCUCCCUCAAUACUUUCAAAAAGUUUUCUCAUGACAAGUAUACUGUCGCCAUCGCUUCUUUCAUGA